AUGCCGGUCGUCCCAGAGGUCCCGGUAGCGACGACGCCGCCCACCAGCGCGCGCCGCCUCUCUCGGUUUGACGGGGGCGGGCGCCGCCAGAGCAGAGUCAACGAGGCGCUCUUGGAGGGCAGCCCUAGCUUGUCGGGUCGCCGGUCGUCGCGCCUCGACUUCCAUACGUCGCCCGACAAGAGCAGCGACAUUGACGUCGAGGCGCAGCGGAUCCAGAAGGCCGAGCUGCGCGUGCUCCACGAAGAGUACGCUACGCUGCAGGAGAACCAGAUGCGGCUGGCGGCCAAGCGGGAUGCGACGGCCGCGGACCUCGAGCGCACGCAAAGCGACUUUAACGGCGCGACCAAGCACUUGGCGCAACUCCAUACGCUGCUGGAUAAGAACAAAGCGCUCCAGUCGACGCAGGAAGCCAAGCACCGCAUGCUCGAGACAGACUCGGCCUCGGUGAGCGUCCACGUAGACACAGCGCGCAAGAACGAGCGCCAGCAUCUCCACGCGGCGAAACUGAACGAAGUGCGCCUCCAGCGGACGCUUGAAGAGCUCGAGCUUGUAAAGAAGGAGCUCGACCAAGAACGUUUGAACCGCAGUGGCACGGCCGUGCCCCGAGCCGAGCACGACCGAGCGAUUCAGGAGCUCCAACACUUUGACAAGCAGAAAGCCGAGCUUCUCGUCGCGUUCAAGAAGCAGAUGCAACUCAUCGACAUUCUCAAGCGCCAAAAGAUCCACCUCGAGACGGCCAAGCUGCUCUCGUUCAUUGAAGACGAUUUCAGCCGGGCACUGCAGCACGAGGCAUGA